AUGUCGUGCCAGGUAGGCCAGAACAACUGGAUCUUCACCGAUUCACCGGUGUGCUAUGUGACGCCGAACUUGCGUCUGCAUCAGUGCACCUGUCCGCUGACAACGUGCACCCCUACGGCGGCAGGCUACGGGUGCCACAUGACAUCCUCUGUUAUGAUUCUCUCAGGUGUGCUAGUCGCCGUCUGGAUCAUGGCUGCGUGCGCCUACGUGUACGUUUUGAAUUUCGUUGGCGAGCUGGAGCUAGAAGCCCGCACGGAGAAGGUAGUGUCUCUCAGCCGAAACUACUACUACCACAAGUUGUUCGGCACCGGCAGCCCGAUGCUCCCGUCAAGCGUCUAUGUACCGGAUAGGAAGCUGCACUCGGAGUAG